AUGAAAACUCUUGACGAAAUUUGCGCUCGUCUUCAGCGACGUCAGGCUACAACCAAAAUAAGAUCACCGGAUGUAUCUCGAACAACCGUUGGAAGCAACAGUGUAUCAUUACCUGUAAAACUAUUCACAACUGAUGUCAAACCUUCUACGUCAUUAAUAAAAAAUGGUGAUGACACCGCCAAAACAUCGACUUUCUGCUUCAAGGAGUAUGACCCGGUAAAAAACUGCUUUAGAAGCAACGGAAAGUUUUUGGAUUCUGUUCGAAAUGAUAAUCAAACGCCAUGCCUCAAUGAACCUAAUGGGUCAACAAUUACUGCAACAAGUGCUUGGAAUUCAGAAAAAAACAAUAAAUCUGGCUUAGAAAAUGAGGAUUUUGUAACAAGUGAAGAUUGCUGCACGCCUUACUACAAGUUGAAGAGACAAGUAAGAUAUCACUGCAAGCUAUGCGGCCAAAGUUUUGGAAGUGUCAACAAGCUGGCCGUCCAUCUCCAACGACAUUACACCGAACCCUGUGAAAUACCAACAGGACCUUCCACUUCCCUCUUUCCUACGCCAGAUUUAGUCAAGGACUUUCCAAACAACAGAUGGCUUGCUCUACCUUCCAUAAUGAAAUCAAAAGUUCAAUAUCUUAACUCUCAAUGUGAAGAUGAUGUCAAUUUUCCAAACAUUGACCGUGGAAAUCCCACAAAGAGUAAAGCAGAUCCAAACUCAAAUCCAACUACCAAAGACUACAUCAAAUUAAUUCGCUUCAGACCUACGCUAAAACAGCGGUCAGACUCAAAAGGAAUUUCAAAUGGCGAACCACCAACAAAAAGAUUCAAGUUUAUCGAUUGCACUGUUGAUGCAAAAAAGGCUGUUGAACGGUAA